AUGAGCGACGACGAUUCCGAGGCCCUGCUGGGCGAGAAGGAUCGCCUGCUUCCUCAGGCCUCGGCCGGUCGCAGCGCUGCAGGUGCCGCCGACGCCCAAAAACCGCUGCCAGCUGUCAGCGCGCCCAAGGCCAAGCCGCCGCGUGUCGCCUUCAAGCGGCUCUUCAGGUUUGCCACGAAAGUUGAUGUCCUGCUCAUGGUCCUUGGCACGCUUGGAGCAGUCGCGUCAGGCGCCAGCAGCCCGUUCUUCUCGCUGCUGUUUGGAGACGUCAUUGACAUCUUCACCCAGUUUGUCAUGCAAUCCCCCGCCGCCAUGACGGGCGACGAGCUCAAGUCCAAGGUGCUGACCUACCUGUGGUACUUUCUCGGAAUUGCUGGCGGCGUUGCGGUCGUCUGCUUUUUGCAGAUGGCACUGUGGUCCCUGACUGCCGAGCGUCAAGGCCGUCGUUUGCGCAUCCGCUAUCUGACAGCAAUCCUGGGCCAGGAUAUUGCCUGGUUUGACAAGCAGCAAUCCGGCAGCAUUGCGUCUCGCAUUUCUAGCGACGUCGAAUUGAUUCAGGAUGGCAUCGGCGACAAAGUCGGCGUGGCGGUUCAGUGCGUCACCUCAUUCCUGGUGUCGUUCGGCAUUGGCUUUUACAAGGGCUACAAGUUAGCGCUGGUCUUGUUGUCGGUCAUGCCGUUGUUGAUUAUCGCCGCUGCUGUCAUUGGCAAGGUUGUCAUGUCCAUCACCAUUCGCGGACAGCAAGCGUACGCCGAAGCUGGUGCCGUUGCGGAAGAAACAUUUUCGUCCAUCCGAACGGUCGCCGCUCUUGGCGGCGAGUCGCGCGAGAUCGCCCGCUACCACACCAGGCUUCAAGCAGCCUUGAAGUCAGGCCUGCGACAAGGCUCCAUGCGCGGCCUGAGCAUUGCCGUCACCAUGUUCAUCAUGUUCGGCUCGUACGCGCUUGGAUUCUGGUACGGCUCAACCUUGAUUCUCGACGGCGACAUGACUCCCGGCGAGCUGACGACUGUCUUCUUUUCGCUCAUCAUGGGUGCCAUGGGUCUCGGCCGCGCCGCCCCUGCAUUCAGUUCGUUUGCGGAGGCGAUGGGUGCCGCAUACACUGUCCACGAGAUUAUUGAUCGUCAGUCGCUCGUCAACCCAUUUUCUGACGAAGGACGUCGCCCAGCAAACAUUUCGGGAGAAAUUGAGUUCAAGCAGGUGAACUUUGCUUACCCUUCUCGUCCGGAGGACCCUGUGCUCCAGAAUUUCAAUCUGCAAAUCAGGUCGUCCGAGACUGUGGCUCUGGUUGGCUCCUCUGGGUGCGGCAAAUCUACCUGCAUGUCCUUGCUGCAGCGCUUUUACGAUGCGACACAGGGAUCCGUCAUUGUCGAUGGCGUGGAUGUUCGUGAGUGGAACACUGGCGUCCUUCGCUCCAGUUUUGGCGUCGUUUCGCAGGAACCCGUGCUGUUCAAUGACACCAUCUUCAACAACAUUGCGCAUGGCAAGCUGCUUGCCGCGACACCCCAAGACCUUACCUCUGACUCUGAACGCGACGCCGAGCAUUUGCUGACGGCUACCAUGGAGGAGGUAAUCGCGGUGGCCAAACAAGCCAACGCUCACGAUUUCAUUUCCGCGCUGCCCUCCGGGUACCACACCAUUGUGGGUGAUCGAGGCAUUCAGCUUUCCGGUGGACAGAAGCAACGCGUCGCCAUUGCACGUGCUCUGAUUCGCAAUCCUAAAAUUCUGCUGCUCGACGAGGCCACAAGCGCUCUUGACGUGGAAAGCGAGCGGAUUGUACAAGAUGCGCUCGAUCGUGCCAGCAAAGGCCGUACGACAUUGAUUGUGGCACAUCGUCUGUCCACCAUCCGGAAUGCCGAUCGCAUCGUGGUCAUGCAAAAGGGCCAAAUCGUCGAGAUUGGGACGCACGAUUCCCUGAUUGCCAUUCCUGACGGCUUUUAUGCAAACCUUGUCCAAAAACAGCUCGUCAGCGCGGCUGAUGCUUCCAACACGCUGACCCCGUCCACCUCCACGCCCGAAGCCUCGCAGCAGCCGUCGCGCCAAGCGACACCGAGCCCCCUUACGAGUGCCCCUGCCACCCACACGACGCUUAAAGUGUCGGACGCUGCUUCCGCUCCUUCUGACGUGGCCAAGCCAGUGUCCAUCGCACGGGUCUACCGGUACACGAGACCCGAGUUGUGGUACAUUAUCCUGGGUUUGAUUUUUAGUGCUGUCAAUGGUUGCACUAUGCCAGCAUUCAGCUACGUGUUUAGCUCCAUUCUCGAAGUCUUCACCGAGUCAGGAGAAGAACUCAAGAAGGAUGCAGUGUUUUACAGCUUGAUGUUUCUUGCCAUUGCUGGUGGCACAUUCAUCGCGCAAUUCCUGCAACAUACAUGCUGGUGCAUCUCGGGCGAGCAGCUGACCACGCGUCUCCGCUUGCUGGCCUUCAAUAACGUGAUUCGUCAAGACAUUGCCUUCUUUGACCAGGAGCAUCAUGCAACUGGUUCUUUGACCACGAUGCUCGCCACGGACGCGACUUUGGUGAAAGGUCUUUCUGGCAGCGUCGCCGCGCUUGUGAUUCAGGCGUUGGUCAGCGUUGUUGCUGGUCUGGUGAUUGCUUUCUGGUCUGGUUGGAAGUUGACUCUGGUGGUCCUGGCGAGCCUUCCUCUGCUGACAUUUGCCAAUGUAUUCCACAUGAAGGCCAUGACUGGCUAUCAUGCGAUGGGCAAGAAAGAUUACCAGAAGGCCGGGGCGAUCGCCACCGAAAGUGUCAGUUGCAUCCGGACUGUGGCGUCACUUCAUGCCGAGCGCCGUUUUCUUCGUCUGUUCAAAGCUCAACUCAGAGUGCCGUUCGCUCUGGGUGUGAGGCGUUCGAUGGUGGCUGGCGUGGGUUUUGGCGUCAGCCAAUCCAUUGUUUUUGUCGUGUACGGUGUUGCCUUGUACUACUCGGCCGUGUUAGUCAGCGAUCCAGACGAGCACACGUCCUACGGCGACGCUAUGCGCAUCAUGACGGCGGUCAUGUUCAGUUUGGGUUCUGCAGCUCAAACGUUCAGCUUUGUUCCUGACAUUUCCAAGGCAAAGGCGGCGGCUGCCAAGAUCUUUGAAUUGAUUGACACAAAGUCCGAGAUUGAUUCGAGCAGCCCCCACGGCAUCGCACUGCAGCACGUCCAGGGCGAGAUUUCGUUCGACCAGGUCGACUUUGUCUAUCCAUCACGUCCUGACGCCAAGAUCCUGAGUAACUUGUCCUUUGUUGGCGCCCCUCAGCAGACUGUGGCGAUUGUCGGUUCAAGUGGCGGCGGCAAGAGCACGGUGAUCUCUUUGCUCGAGCGAUUCUACAAUCCCGCCUCAGGCACGAUUGCCCUCGACGGACAGCCCAUCGACACGCUCCACUUGCGAUCUUAUCGGUCCACUCUCGCUUUGGUGUCCCAAGAACCGACGUUGUUUAACUGCUCAAUUCAAGACAACCUUCUGUACGGCCUGGAUGCAGACCCGCUGCCGUCGAUGGAUGCCAUUAUGGUCGCGACAAAGCAAGCCAACAUUCACGAUUUCAUCAUGGGCCUGCCUGAGCAGUACAACACAAAUGUUGGCGAAAAGGGUACCCAGCUUUCUGGUGGUCAGAAGCAACGCAUUGCGAUCGCCCGCGCACUCCUCCGAAACCCGCGCGUUUUGCUGCUCGACGAGGCGACAAGUGCCUUGGAUGCCGAGAGCGAAAAGCUCGUGCAAGUGGCCCUCGAACUGGCUUCCAACGGGCGAACAACUGUGGUGAUUGCGCAUCGUCUCUCGACCAUCCGCAACGCCAACGUGAUUCUGGCGGUCAAAGGGGGUCGCGUCGCCGAGCAAGGCAGUCACGAUCAGCUCAUGGCCAUUCCCGACGGUGUCUAUCGCAGCCUGGUCCUCAAGCAGAUGGAGCAGAUUACUCACUAG